CACAGUUGCAGCUGCUGCUGUCCCUCCUGCGGCGCCUGUCCGGCAGGGAAUGGCGAUGGAGUCCAGGCUUCUCAGCUGGGCCACCUGCUUCCUCCUGGCCGGGUGGUGCCUACCGGGGCUGCCCUGCCCCAGCAGCUGCCUUUGCUUUAAGAGCACCGUCCGCUGCACGCACUUGAUGCUGGACCACAUUCCUCAGGUGCCGCAGCAGCCCACAGUCCUAGACUUGAGGUUUAACAGACUAAGAGAAAUUCCAGGGAGUGCCUUCAAGAAACUCAAGAACCUGAACACUCUUCUCCUGAACAACAACCAAAUCAGAAAGAUUUCCAGAAAUGCUUUUGAAGGACUUGAAAAUUUGCUAUAUUUGUACCUAUACAAAAAUGAAAUUCAUGCACUAGAUAAGCAAACAUUUAAAGGACUCAUAUCCUUGGAGCAGCUCUAUAUUCAUUUCAACCAACUAGAAGCGCUACAGCCAGAGACCUUUGGGGACCUUCUGAAAUUAGAGAGACUAUUUUUGCAUAACAACAAGCUAUCUAAAAUCCCAGCUGGGAGCUUUUCUCAUCUGGAUUCAUUAAAAAGACUGCGCCUGGACUCCAAUGCUCUGGUUUGCGACUGCGACUUACUGUGGCUGGGGGACCUUUUACGGGGCUGUGCCCAAAGCGGCCACACGCGGGCUGCUGCCGUGUGUGAAUAUCGCGGAAGACUCCGCGGGCGCUCGGUCGCUUCCGUCACAGCAGAGGACUUCAAGAGCGACAGUCCCCGAAUUACUUUUGCACCCCAAGAUGUGGAGGUACCAUCAGGAAACACUGUCUACUUCACUUGCCAGGCUGAAGGAAAUCCCAAACCUGAGAUUAUUUGGAUACAUAACAACCAUUCAUUGGAUUUGGAAGAUGAUGCUCGACUUAAUAUGUUUGAUGACGGGACACUCAUGAUCUGAAACACCAGAGAGUCAGACCAGGGUGUGUAUCAGUGUAUGGCCAGAAACUCUGCCGGGAAAGCCAAGACACUGAAUGCCGUGCUCAGAUACUCCAGUCUGCCUGCCAAACCUACUUUUGUGAUCCAGCCCCAGGACACGGAGGUCUUACUUGGCAGCAGCACCACUGUGGAAUGUACGGCCACGGGCCACCCACAGCCCCGUAUUACUUGGAGCAGGGGCGAUGGAGAGGAGCUGCCUGGGUCCUGGCACGCGGCAACUGCCAGUGGGCUUUACUUGCAGAACGUCACCCUGCCGGAGCACGGGCGACUGACCUGCCACGCCAGCAACAGCCAAGGCUCCAUUCAGGCUACAGCAAACAUAAUUGUACAAGCGCCCCCGCCACUGGCGGUGAGCCCCAGGGCCCACGGGGUGCUGGAGGCGCAGGCUGCGGAGCUGCCCUGUGAGGCCCCGCGCAGCCCCCCUGCAGCGAUUGUCUGGACAAAAGCAGGAGGGCCGCCCCCUCUGGAAGGUCAGCAUACAGUUCUCUCCUCUGGCACUUUGAGAAUUGAACACUCAGCACCCCAUGAUCAAGGCCAAUAUGAAUGUCAAGCAGUCAGUCUACUGGGGGUGAAAAAGGUGUCUGUCCAGCUGACUGUAAAACCCAAAGCUCUUCCAGUGUUUACUCAACAUCCUCAGGAUACAAGUGUCGAGGUUGGGAAGAAUAUAAACAUUUUGUGUCAUGCUCAAGGAGAACCACAGCCCAUAAUUACCUGGAAUAAGGAGGGUGUGCAGAUUACUGAGAGCGGUAAAUUCCACGUGGAUGAAGAAGGCACGCUGGCCGUGUACGACGCGGGGCAGGCUGACCAAGGAAAGUAGGAAUGUGUGGCUCGGAAUCCAUUUGGCCUGGUCGUGGCCAACAUGCUUCUGACAGUCACUGCUGUACAGGGUAGACAAGUCGGUGAUGACUUUGUCGAAUUGUCCAUUCUUGAUGCUGUACAGAGGAUUGACAGUGCAAUUAACUCCACACGAAGACAUUUGUUUUCACCAAAACCUCAUACCCCCAGUGACCUACUGGCUCAGUUCCGAUACCCGCAUGACCUAACUGUGGAGACGGCAAGAGCAGGAGAGAUUUUUGAGCACACGCUGCAGCUGAUCUGGGAAUGUGUGAAGCAGGGGCUCACUGUGGAUUUGGAAGGCAGAGACUUCCGCUACAAUGACUUGGUCCCGCGCUCCCUCAGCCUCAUCGCCAGUUUAUCAGGAUGCACAGCCCACAGGCAUCUGCCCAACUGCUCCGAGCUGUGUUUCCACCGGAAGUACCGGGCGCACGACGGCAAGUGCAACAACCUGCAGCGGCCCACGUGGAGCGCGGCACGCAGGGCCUUCCCGCGCCUGCUGCGGCCGGCCCAGCACUACGGCUUCAGCGCCCCUGCCCCUGCCGCUCCUGCCGCCCUGCUGGGGUCUGCGGAGCUGGCGCGCACCGCGGCCGUCUCCCCCGCCCACAGAUGCACGCACGUGCUCUUGCAGUGGGGCCAGUUUUUGCACCACGACGUGGACCGCACCUUGCCCGCGCUGAGCAGGGCCCGCUUCUCGGACGGGCAGCCGGGCAGCUCCGUCUGCACCGCCGACCCUCCCUGCUUCCCCCUCGCCGUGAGGCAGGCCGACCCCCGGGGCAGCCUGGCGCCCUGCACGUUCUUCGCAUGCUCCAGCCCGAUGUGCGGCAGCGGUACGACCUCCUAGAUGACCGGCUCAGUCCACGCUCGAGAGCAGAUGAACCAGGUCACAGCCUACCUCGACACCUCCAACGUUUACGGGAGCUCGGAGCGGGAAGCCCAGGUUCUCAGAGACCGCUCUGUGCCUCGGGGACUCCUGAGGACAGGCUUGCCCUGGUCCCCUUCCGGAAAACCCCUCCUGCCCUCUUCUACAGGCCCACCCACUGAGUGCGGACGACAUGCAAAGGACAGCCACAGCCCCUGCUUCCUGGCCGGGGACCUCCGGGCCAACAAGCACCUGGCCCUGACGGCCAUGCACACCCUGUGGUUCCGCGAGCACGACAGGGUGGCCGCGCAGCUGUCGGCUCUGAACCCCCACUGGGACGGGGACACCCUGUACCAGGAAGCCAGGAAGAUCGUGGGCGCGGAGAUGCAGGACAUCACCUACAGCCACCGGCUGCCCAAGGUCCUGGGGGACCCUGGCAUGAAGAUGCUGCGAGAGUACCAGGGCUACAACCCCAACAUGAAUGCAGGGAUCAUUAACUCUUUUGCUACCUCAGCUUUCAGAUUUGGCCACACGUUAAUCAAUCCUACUCUUUAUCGACUGAAUGACACCUUUGGUGAAAUUCCCGAAGGCCACCUGCCACUCCACAAAGCUUUCUUUUCACCUUCCAGAAUAAUCAAACAAGGCGGGAUAGAUCCGCUCUUCCGGGGGCUAUUUGGCGGGGCCGCUAAGCUGCGGGUGCCCUCGGCCCCCCGGCCUGAGGCCCGCGGAGAAGCUGCUGCCCCCGCCCGCUCUGUGGCGCUGAAUCGGGCCGCCGCAGACAUCCAAAGGGGCCGGGACCACGGGAUCCCGCCCUAGGUUGACUUCAGAGUUUUCUGUAAUUUGACUUCUGUCGAGAACUUUGAGGCUCUUCAAAAUGAAAUUCAAGAUCCAGAGAUCAGACAAAAACUGUAAAAGCUGUACCGCACUCCAGGUGACGCUGACCUCUGGCCCACCCUUACGGUCAAAGACCUGACCCGCACGACAGUGGGACCGACACUUAUGUGCCCGCUUGUUACCCAGUGUCAGCGGCUAAGAGACGGAGAUAGGUUCUGGUAUGAAAACCCUGGGGUAUUUACCCCCAUGCAACUCACCCAGCUGAAACAAGCAUCAGGUGUGCUUUGUGACAAUGGUGACAACAUUCAGCAAGUCCAGGCAGAUGUCUUUGUGAAGGCAGAAUACCCACAGGACUACCUGAGCUGCAGUGAGAUUCCCAAGGUCGGCUUGCGCCUGUGGCAAGACUGCUGUGAAGACUGUAGGAGCAGAGGACUGUUCAGAGCAGUCACACGAGAAUCUCGACAGAAACGCUCAUUUCAACACAGCUACCCGGACGAGAAACAUACGGACUUCAGUGAUGUAAGCAGGAGGCAACCAGAUAACUUGUACGUGGGCGAAGAUGCUAGAAAUGUGGCUCUUCUGGCAAAAACAAAGUUUGCUCAAGAUUUCAGCAGUUUUGCGGUGGAAAUUCGAAAAACCAUCACAGCACUAAGACAGCAGUGCAUCAAGUCUCCUGUGGAGCGUGCGAUGCACACCGCCCCAAAAGGCUCUCUCCGUGGGGCCGGGCUGGACAGCCAGGGCCCGUGGCAGUGUGCUUCCCUUGGCACAAGCUUCCCAUCAGUGAAAUCACCUGUCCACUCUGAAUGUGAACAUAAACCUGAAAGCUGUAGGUGCCACGGCUUUAAAUUCCUCGAGUCUGGCGUCUUUGCUUUAGUUUCCCCUCCUGGCUUCCGCCUUCCUGUGUGUCCUCUUCAGAGAAAGUCUUUGUCUUCCCGCUGCUUCAGCUGUCAUCUGCUGUUACUGUGCUGGGAUCUUUUGAUGCUGGUUGGGUGUGGGGGUGGGAACACUCUCUCAUCUCCUGCUUCAGUCUCAGAGUUCUCGUGGGCUGUGUCGUGGGGCUGUGGCCCUCACAUGCUUCUCCAGGGCUGUGGCUUUUUUGCUUCCCGCUCCCAUUCCCAACCCCGGGCUGGAGCAUUCCCGAUGGAUUCCACGGAAGUGCUGGCCCCCGGUUUCCAUGUCGGCAUUUCCCCGUUGUGUGCGUCAGGAAGCCUGGAGGGGGGUGUGCGUGCAGGACAGAGCCUUGCGUCAGCCACGCUGCCGACGGCUUUGCUGCGGCCCCGCGCCCACCUCCCUCUCCCGUCCCUCUGCCAGACGGGCAGGCGGUGCGGGGACAGCGGCGUCCAGGGGCAGGAGCAGCGCCGGCUGGAAGCAGACCGCGUGGGCUGCCCCUGCCAGGCCUGUGCUGGCGUCCCCCCACCUCCUCCUGUUUUACUGCUCCUCGCUGGCCAGUGGAAACAUACCGACAAGUUCAAAAGGAGAGAAAAUAUCCUUUUUAGUGGCCAGGUCACCUGCACGGUGGAGGCUUGCCCCCAGGCCCCAUGUCCCAGUCCUGAAUUGGCGAGAGGAGUCUGCUGUCCGGUUUGCAGAGACCGGGGAAUGCCGGCUGGACACCCGGAGAAACGCUGA